UCACAAACAAUAAAAACAACAAUCUCACAUCUCUCUUUCACUUCUCUUCUUCUUGUUCAUUUUUCUUCUGUUAAACCAUACCAAUCACAUACACAUUUCCCUUCAUUCACAAUCUACCCCCUUUACUAAACACCCACCACCAACAACAACAUAAAUAUCCAUCAAACAAACAAACCCAUUAUGCCCAUUUAAAUUUCCAAAAAAAAAAAAAUCAUGUUUUUUGGUGCCAUACAAUUAGGACUAAUGGCUGCUUGUGUUGUUCUAUUUGUACCAAUGGGUAUGGCAGGUUGGCAUCUUAGUAGAAAUAAAGUUUUGUUCUUUAGUGGUGCAUUAUUCAUUACACUUGCUGUAUGUAUACAUCUUAUUCCUUAUUUCCCUUCAAUGUUUAAUAAUCAAUCUCAAACUGCUGUUAUCAUGAAUCAAGAUUUUAGUUCUAGUUCUAGUUCUUGUAUAAAUUCUGUAAAUUAUGUAACUUUUUACUCUAAUUUUGAUGGGUUUUCUUGGAAUUGGGAUAAUAGUUCAAGAUCUUUAGUAAAUGAUGAUGAUUGCGGGUUUUCGAAGCUCGGUCGGGUCGAUGUUUCGGAUCUUUUGAAUGGGUCUUGGGUUGUUGUGGCUGGUGAUUCACAAGCUAGGUUGUUUAUGGUUUCUUUGUUGGAUUUAGUUUUAGGGUCUGAUGAAAUGGAAAAGAUUCAUGAGGAUUUGUUUAAAAGACAUAGUGAUUAUCAUAUUGUUGUUGAAAAAAUCGGGUUGAAAAUGGAUUUUAUUUGGUCACCUUAUGUUAGUAAUUUGACUGAUGUUGUUACGGGUUUUAAACGAAAUGGAACUUAUCCUGAUGUGUUAGUUAUGGGUUCAGGGUUAUGGCAUAUGUUGCAUUUUACUAAUUAUACGGAAUAUGGUGUUGAUUUAAGGUUGUUAAGGGAUUCAUUAGGAGAGUUAGUUCAGGUUGGUAAUACGGAUGGUGUUAGUGCUAGGCCGGAUUCUGGUAGGACGUCGCAUUUGUUUUGGCUUGGUAUGCCGACGUUGAUAAAUAGGUUGUUGAAUACAGAGGAGAAACGAGUUAAGAUGACCCGUGAGAUGUGUAAUGCUUAUGAUCAAGAGCUUUAUAAUAGCAAGAUUUUGAGGCAAGAUGGUGGCUCGUUUUUGUUGCUAGAUGUUGGGAUGUUAAGUAGUAGAUGUGGGUUUGAUUGUUCGUUAGAUGGGAUGCAUUAUAAUGAUGUGGUUUAUGAAGCUUCUGUUCAAGUUAUGCUUAAUGCCUUGCUUAUUGAAUCUCAUCAAAAGCUAUGAUGCGAUAUUACGGAUGAUUUUUGUUGCUAUUCCACUUGUAAGGAGGUACACUUUUGAAGAUUGAUGAAGCUUAUAUUCUAGUAACAUUACCAGAAAUGAAACUUAUUAGAGUACGAUUCUUUUCAACAUGUAUCUUUGUCUUGAAUUGCAAUUUUUAGAUGAAUAUAGAGUUCCAUUUUUUGAUUUUUCCCUCAUGUUAGUAACAAUCGAUGCUGUAGAUUCACAUGAAUUGUAUUCAGUACCUGGUAGAUAUAAUCUCUGGAAUUGCAACUUUGUAGACAUGAGAAUAUAUGAAGUUUUUCACGAAAUAGAUUGCAGAUUUGUCCCA